GGAUUAGCAAGCGCGCACAGUCAUUUAGGGUUAGGAUGCAUAGAACGCUGAACGCAACAAGCAGCAUAGUGAGUGCAUUAGUUUUCAAACUCUAAAAAUGAGUAGCCGAUCUAAAAAAAUUGUAGAAUUGGCCCUUCAGAUGGAGGAGCAUACAGAUGAUGAAAGCGAUUCGGAUCCUUUCAGUGCAGUUGAUUCCGAUUUGGAUCCUAUGUUUCUGCCAUCUAGUAAUGACGAACUAUCUGAUAGCUCUGACAUAUCUCUUACGGAAAUAAUAGGACAGAAAAAGAAAUUUACAAAAACGACAGGGGAAAGACCAGAACAAGUAUACAAUUUUGAGAAUCAACCGUGCUGUUCAAAAUCACUUCCAGUGGCCGAAUUUCAAGAAGCUGGGGUACAAAAUGAAGACGGGACACAGAAUCUCAAUGUUUCAUCGACUGAAACUGGAGACAAUCUUGAAAACGUGUUAGAUGAGGAAGAAGCUGCUGACCAGAAUGAACACACUUGGAGAGAGCCUGUGGGCAAUCACCAAGUGUUUGAUUAUUCUGCCGAAAGCGGUUUACACGCAGGUUAUGCUGCAGUUCUUAUCAACAAUUUAUCUCCAUACAGCUGCUUUCGUUAUUUUGUCGAUGAUGAAAUCAUAAAUGAAAUGGUAAAUCAGACCAAUCUAUAUGCAACCCAAGUUUUGUUCGAAGCUGAGGAUGUGAGUAGAGAAUCAAGGUUACAUCGUUGGGUUCCAACCGAUAAAGGUGAGAUGCUAAAAUUUAUUGGCAUUGUAGCAUACAUGGGCAUGGUUAGGAUGCCAUCAUUAGAAAAGUAUUGGAGUACUGACGAACUUUUCCAGAUAUCUAUUAUUCCAAAAGUUAUGUCAAGAAAUAGAUUCCAGCUGCUCUUACGAAUGUGGCACUUCUCUGAUAAUAACGACUGUCCAGUGGGUGAUCGUUUGCAUAAAAUCAAACCUUUAUUGGAUGCGUUGGUGAAGAAAUUUCAAGAAAUUUAUACACCUGGUAGAACAUUUUGCAUUGACGAGUCUGUUGUUCCUUUUCAAGGCCGUCUCCUAUUCAAACAAUACAUUCCAAACAAGACGCAUAAAUAUGGCGUGAAAUUGUUCAAACUGUGUAGCGAUAAUGGAUACACAUGGAAUAUAAGAAUAUAUGCUGGCAAAGAAAAACAAGAGAGAGAUGCGUCUGUGGGAACAAAUAUUGUGCUUAAGUUGUCACAAGACUUACUUGAUACAGGUAGAACUAUUGUUGCCGAUAAUUACUACACCAGUCUCGAGCUAGUGAAUAUACUUCUUGACCAUAAGACACAUUAUAUUGGUACACUAAGAGCAAAUCGGCGAGGCAAUCCAAAAGAAGUUAUUCUGAAAAAACUAAAGAAAGGCGAAAUUUUUGGGCUAGAAAAUGGCAGAGGUGUGUGUGUGCUGAAGUGGAAGGACAAGAGAGAUGUCCUUCUUCUAUCCACUAAGCAUACCACCGAAACCGUAGAUGUUCAACGACGUACUGGUAUUGUCAAAAAGCCACGAGCAGUGAUGGAAUACAAUGAAGCCAAGUCGUCGAUUGACCAAUCUGACCAGAUGGCAAGCUACCAUUCACCUGUAAGGAAGUCUCUAAAGUGGUAUCGAAAACUUGCCAUUGAGUUCCUCUUGGGCACAGCGCUUGUAAAUGCACACAUAGUUUAUAAUCUGCUAGCAAACAAAAAAUUGAAGAUUCCAGAAUUUAGAGAAGAAGUAAUUAGGUCUCUUUUUACGGAUCACGGCGAUGCAGGGGAACUUGAUGUACGUCAGGAAAAAAUAACCAAGAAGACAGCCAAAAUCCAUACAUUGUGCAGGAAAGAAGGUCAAUUUGACAAAGUGAGAAAGUACUGUAAAGGGUGUUAUGCCAAGAAAUUGCGAGGAGAAAUAACUAAAAACUGCGUGAAGAAAGUUGUAACUUUCUGUGGAGUGUGUGACGAUCAGCCACAUUUUUGUCUGAACUGUUUCAAUACCACUCAUGCAAAGUAA